GUGGAUAGUAGCACCAAGAAGUUCAUUUGGAGAGGUUAUUAGCCGAUUUUCUAUCUUCGUUAACGAAAUUACAGAACCUGUAACUCUGAAGCUAAUUGUCCACUAUCAAGUCGAAUUAGCGAGGUUGGAGUUAAGGCUGCAUCGACUAUUUAACCUCUCACAUCUCUCACCAUCUCUGCGGGUGAAGAGACUGUUUUUUUGCAUCUUUGAAGAGAUCGGAAGAAAUUCUAUAUAUUUUUUUUAAUGAGAUGCUGGUCUUUUCGAGAUUCGAUCUGUUAUGUGAGAGCUGAUUGUAAUGAUGUCAAGACCAAUGGUACUUGUUUUUCUGCUGCUGAUACUCAUCAUCACAUCCCAGUUUGAGUGGAAACAGCAACUGGUCAAUGAACUUGACACAAGUCCAAGUAUUUCCCAGAAGCAGCAGCAGACUUCAAAGAGGGAAGAAAUUAUAAAAGAAAAGAUCAUCCUAUCUCAAGAAAAAGAAAUUCAGAGACUCAAAGAACUUGUUCGGGCCCUUCGUGAACAGUUGCAACAAUGCAGGUGCAAUAAUGAUACGAUUAACAGCACUGUAACCCUUACUGAAAAUUUAAAUGAGCUUGAGCGACAGCAUAUUUUGGAGGAUUGACCAUAUAUCUUACAUUUCUGUCAGUUUAUUUGGUAUCUUCUUGUUACUGUCGUUUUUCUCUCCAAAUGAUUUGUUUCUAGAGGUUCUCUCCUCUUAUGUAAAAAUUUCCAUUUUAUUCAGCUGACCUAAAUAUUACAUAUUAUCAACUUCGCA